AUGAAGCUUUUCCUGACAAUAUUACUAUGGUGCUUUGUCAUAGUCAAAGCUUACGACGACGUCAACGAUGACCAAUACGAAGUGUUACUGAACAGCAACGAGGAAUUGAAGACAUUCGUCAAAUGCUUAGUAGACCAGGGGCCCUGCAAAGAUGACUUCUCUAAGCAUAUCAAAGGGCACAUGGCUCAGUUCUACGCGGACGGGUGCAUGGAGUGCGACACCAGGCAAAAGCACUACGCGCGGCUCAUCUACCUCAUACUGAAGACGGACUUCCCCGAACUGUACCAGGCGCUGGAGGCCAAGUACGACCCUCAGGGCAACGGGAUUAAGCGGAUCGACGAGAAGCUCAGCAAAUAUAGAUAAUUAUCAA